CUUCUCUCUCUGCAUCUGCUUUCCCCCACCGACGGUUGCUGAUUUUUGUUUUCUUCAAUCGUUGAGAGCACCAUGGAUGGCCGCAUCUAUGGUGUCUCCGUCGUCGCCAUUCUCCAUCUCCUCUUCUUCGUCUCUUUCUCCGCCGCUUCUGCAUUGCCCCAUUACCCGAAUACCGAACCGGGUCGAAAUUACUCUUCCGGGUCGGGUUCGGGUCAGAUCAGCUCCAACUCCGUCCUCGUCGCUCUCCUCGACUCUCGUUACACAGAGCUCGCCGAGCUCGUUGAGAAGGCCCUUCUCCUCCAGACACUAGAAGACACUGUCGGCCGACACAAUAUUACCAUUUUUGCCCCUUGCAAUGAAGCUCUCGAGCGAGGGCUCGACCCUGAUUUCAAGCGGUUCUUGCUCGAACCCGGCAACCUCAAAUCUCUGCAAACUUUGCUAGUGUUCCACAUUCUCCCCAAACGGGUCGGGUCUCACCAGUGGCCCGACGAGGACUCGGGUCAGGUCAGGCACGAGACGCUCGGGGAAGACAAUGUCCAUCUGGUCAACGCCAAGAAAACAGGCAAGAAAAUGGUUGAUUCUGCUGAGGUUAUCCGACCGGAUGACGUGACCCGACCCGACGGCGUCAUCCACGGGAUCGAACGGCUUCUCAUCCCUCGGUCUGUUCAAGCGGACUUCAACCGCCGGCGAAGCCUCCGGGAAAUCUCUGCCGUCCUACCCACCGGAGCCCCGGAGGUUGACCCGAGAACCCACCGCCUCAAGAAACCCUCAUCCGCCGCCGUACCCUCCGGAGCUCCUCCGGUGCUCCCGAUCUACGACGCCAUGGCUCCGGGACCUUCCCUCGCUCCAGCGCCGGCGCCGGGACCCGGAGGUCGUCACCACCACUUCGACGGGGAGGCCCAAGUUAAAGAUUUCAUCCAGACGCUGUUACAUUACGGUGGGUACAACGAAAUGGCCGACAUUCUCGUGAAUCUGACAUCGUUAGCGACGGAGAUGGGGAGACUAGUGUCGGAGGGUUAUGUUCUAACGGUUCUUGCUCCGAACGACGAAGCCAUGGCGAAGUUGACGACGGACCAACUGAGCGAACCAGGAGCUCCGGAGCAGAUCGUAUAUUACCAUAUAAUACCGGAGUACCAAACAGAGGAGAGUAUGUACAAUGCGGUUCGGAGAUUCAGGAAGGUAAGAUACGAUACAUUGCGGUUUCCGCACAAGGUCGUGGCCGAGGAAGCUGAUGGGUCGGUGAAAUUCGGACAUGGAGAUCGGUCUGCGUACUUGUUCGAUCCCGACAUCUAUACGGAUGGUCGGAUUUCGGUUCAGGGGAUUGAUGGGGUUAUGUUGCCGGAAGAGGAGGCUGAGAUGGUGAAGAAACCGAGCAGUGCCGCUAAGAAAGUUGUGCAGCCGAGAAGAGGAAAGUUGCUCGGAGUAGCCUGUCGAAUGCUCGGAGGUUUUGGCCACGGCUCGUAUUUCACAUCAUGCCGGUGAAUUCACAGUGGAUAAAAAAGGCGAAAACUUUGUUCGAAAGUGAAGAUGUAUGGUAUGUGGAAGAAGAAGAAGAAGAAGAAAUAAAGAGGAAUGGUGAAACCAUCAAUCUGUGGAAUGAGAAAUGAGAAGAAUUUGUUUGGUUUUGUUUUUUUUGGGUUAUGAAUACUGUAAUUAGAUAUAUACAUCAUUUUUUAAUUGGUGUACUGAGUAAAUGAGUAAUAAUCGUCACAAAGUGGAAUAAAAAAGCCUUCGCUGAU